AUGGGUAAUUUGUGCUAAUGCCAAAAACCAGAACUCUAAUUCGAUCACUAAGAGAUUCAAACACAACAAUCUAAAGUAUUAUAGGAAUCUGUUGACAAUGAUGAUAUCUUCAGUGAAUUAAUCUAAUAGCACAGUUCAUUGUAUCAAUAUCAGAAUGGCCUCACACUUACAUCCACUAAGCCUUUGUCUCCAAGAUCAUAACAUUAAAUUGUAUUUUUAGAACCAAAAGACUUGUCUGAUGAAAGGAUAAAUUAUUAGCCCAUUAAUCUACAAGGAAUUUUGACUUCUAAAAGCGACCAACUAGAAUUUAUAUAUGAAUCUCCACAAGCUGAAGUAAAUGGAAAGGAAAAGAUCAAAAAAAAAGUAAACUUUUUAAAGUGAAUAUAAAAUUGACAAUAAUUAUCAAAAAUUUUGAACAUAUUUCAAAGCAUCCUCCAAUAUAAUAAUAAUAUAUUGACAAAGCACAUUACACCAUAACAUUGAUAAGAAUCAAAUAUAGCAAACAUGAAAUUUAAAUCUGUAAAGUCCC